GGUUCCUCCUCCAGCCAGCCAGCCAGCCAGCCAGCGUGAGACAAACCGAGAAAAUGGGUGCAUACAAAUACAUUUCUGAGCUAUGGAGGAAGAAGCAAUCGGAUGUGAUGAGAUUCAUGCAGCGUGUGAGGUGUUGGGAGUAUCGUCAACAAUCUUCCAUUGUUCGUCUCACCAGACCCACUCGUCCUGACAAAGCUCGCCGUUUGGGUUACAAGGCCAAGCAGGGUUAUGUUGUGUACCGAGUGAGGGUACGUAGGGGUGGAAGAAAGAGGCCUGUUUCCAAGGGUAUUGUAUACGGUAAGCCCACUAACCAGGGAGUUACCCAACUCAAGUUUCAAAGGAGCAAGAGGUCUGUCGCCGAGGAGCGUGCUGGGAGGAAGCUCGGUGGCCUUAGGGUUCUCAAUUCCUACUGGGUCAAUGAGGAUUCUACCUUCAAGUAUUUUGAGGUCAUUUUGGUUGAUGUUGCUCAUAGUGCUAUAAGAAAUGAUCCAAGAAUCAACUGGCUCACUAAUCCUGUCCACAAGCAUAGAGAACUUCGUGGACUCACUUCUGCUGGCAAAGAAAACAGAGGUUUGAGUGGUAAAGGGCAUCGUUACCACAAAGCCCGUCCUUCCCGCAGGGCAAACUGGAAGAGAAACAACACCUUGUCUCUCCGUCGCUACCGUUGAUUUUACUGCAGUUGUUUUGUGUUGCUUCAUUUUCUGGAUAUCGAGUGCAUUAUAUUUAGACUUUGGAUAAUUUAAUUAUCAAGUUUUUGUGUUUCCAAUCUGUGUCUUUGCCUAGAAACUCAUUUUUGUUGUUAAUGAAGAGUGAUUAUUGGCAAUUUUCCCUUGUUUGAUCACUUGUUCUUUAAUUUGAUCAAAUUAUUAAUAUCAUGUUCUAGUUUA